ACGCCACCUACACGAACGUCGACCCUCUUCCCACUUCCUCGACACACUCUCUCUCAGCCCACUCUCCGCAACCGUCGCGCCCCGAUUCGUCGAGUGCCUCGUCUUCUUUCUGUGGUUCGAUCAAUAGGAAAAGUAGCAUCGGGUCUAGGUGCCAGCCGAAGAUAGGGAGAGGGAGUAGGAGCACAAAUAGAAGAACGACAGGAGAGACGCCCAGCUAGCCAGCCAGCCGGGUAAUAGAGAGAUUCGUAGCACGAAUACAUAUGGUCUAGACAUUCAUUCGCAAUGGCCGAUUCAGUUGACCGCGUGUUCGUGCACGCGCUCAACACUGUCAAGAAGAUCCCGAAGACGGGGGCGUCGCGCCCGCCGCCGGCGGACCGCCUGCGGCUCUACGGCCUCUACAAGCAGGCCAUGGAGGGGGACGUUGACGGGGUCAUGGAGCGGCCCGAGCGGCGGCACCGACAACGGCAUCCCGGCGCCAGCGCCGCGGCGGACGACCACGACGCAGAGCAGGAGGAGCUCGAGCUCCAGCGCGAGCGCGACAAGUGGGACGCCUGGAAUGCCCAGGCCGGUCUCGGUCGCACCGAGGCCAAGAGGAGAUACAUCGAGGCUUUGAUCGACACUAUGCACCGCUACGCUACCACGCCGGACGGCAAGGGUCUCGUCGCCGAGCUCGAGUUCGUCUGGGACCAGAUCAAGAACAACAGCAGUAACAACCACGGCAGCCACCAGUCAUCGUCAUCGUCCGCCGCACACGCGUCCCCGAAGCAGAUCGGCAGCUCCUCUUUCGCGGGCGAGCACCAACGAAAGCAGCUCGUUCCCCAGAGCAGCAGCCGCCGGCGCCGCUUCCAGCAACCUCUGAGCGGGACGGAGGGGCCAAUGAAGAUGCUCAGCCCGAUGAGUGAGGACGACGCGGCGGAGCAGGAGUACCGCAAGGCGGCGCAGGAGGAAGAGGAUGAAGAGGAAGAGCUCGAAGCCGAAAACGACGGCGACGACGACGGGCAGUACGUAAAGAAGGGGGACCGGUGGUCGCGCAAGGUGGAGCGGGCGCUCGUGCGAUUGUCGGCCGAGGUGGCAGCACUGCGGGAGCAGAUCACAGCCGGGCGGGAGUGGCGGUCGAAGCGGGAACGCAGCCUCGCGGCGCGUGCCGGCUGGUUCGCCUGGGUCGUCGCGAAACACUUCGCCGUCGACGUGGCCGUCCUGUGCGUCGUGCUGCUAUGGAUGCGGCGGCGCAAGGACCGCCGUCUCGAGGACCACGUUCGCGCCCUGCUCAAGCUUGGCCGCGAGUACGCGCGCAAGAUACUACCUUCGAGGUGAAAAACGACAGCGGAACUAGACCAAAGCAAACCCCUACGACGCAGAGGGAAAAAACAGGAGAAGCAAUGGCAAUGGCAAUUAUUGUUAUUUUCCAAGGGCUUCACGGCAUUGCAUCUGUGGAGGUUGAACCCCUCAUACCCUUCUUGCCUACCCGGCCUAGCUGGCGAGACUGCGAUCAAGACUGAGGGGGGAAAAGAAAUCCGAGUGUACUCCCUCCAAAACAGCACAGAGGGGAGUGUUAAAAAACGAAACAGUAUCCG